AUGGCAUAUCUCAGCUUCAACGAGACGGUAAAUGCAAACCUGAAGUUUACGUCAGACAACUCUGCCGAAAAUGAGGAGAUGCUCAAGAAGGAUUUGCCAUUGCGGUACACAUGGUCCAUUUGGGAGCAGAUCAUGGCAAACGACAAGGCAGCAGCCUAUUCCGAUGCCACUCACAAGGUUGCUGCAUUCUCGACUGUGCAGGAAUUUUGGAAGCUUUGGAACCACAUGCCGCAACCUUCCGAGCUCUUUGAGCAGAAGCGCAUGGUGAGAGAGCAACCUGAUGGCCUGCACGUCAUUGAUGCGAUCAUGAUAUUCCGCGAGAACAUCCGUCCAGAGUGGGAGGACAAGAUGAACACAAACGGAGGUCAUUUUCAGUUUCAGCUCAAGCCAACCGUUGGCGGUGGACAGGUUGACGAGUAUUGGAACAACCUGGUGCUUGGCGUGAUUGGUGCAACGAUCGAGCCUGCCAAUAUGAUCACUGGAAUUCGACUUGUGAGAAUCUCAGCAAAGGGAGCUCAGCGUCCAUCAUAG